AUGGAGACUCCUGAAGUGGCUGUAAGCAGCUGCAGUGCUCUGGAUGACGAAGGGAUCUGCAGCUACAGGCAACACCUGUCUCUGCCACAGGAGCUGCUGGCAGAAGACCAGCUCAGGAGGAAGCUGAAGUUCUUCUUCAUGAACCCAUGUGAAAAAUUCUGGGCCCGGGGCAGAAAACCUUGGAAACUUGGGAUUCAACUGCUCAAAAUAGCAAUGGUUACCAUUCAGCUGGUGCUGUUUGGAUUGAGCAAUCAAAUGGUGGUUGCCUUCAAAGAAGAGAACACUAUUGCAUUCAAACAUCUCUUCUUGAAAGGGUACAUGGACAGAAUGGAUGAUACCUAUGCGGUAUACACACAGACAGAUGUCUAUGACCAAAUAUUCUUUGCCAUCAAUCAGUACUUACGGUUGCCCAACAUUUCUGUUGGAAACCAUGCUUAUGAGAAGAAAGGAGCGGAAGAGACAGCUCUGGCUGUAUGUCAACAGUUCUACAAGCAAGGAACCAUCUGUCCUGGAAAUGACACCUUUGAUAUAGACCCAGAGAUUGUGACUGACUGCUUCUACAUUGAGCCAAUGGUGUCUUUAGACAACAGAACAGUGGGAAAGCACAAUUUGAAUUUCACUCUGGAUUUCCACAGGCUAGUGGCAGUGCAACUCAUGUUCAAUCUGAAGGCAAUCAACCUCCAGACGGUUCGUCACCAUGAGCUCCCUGACUGUUACGAUUUCACCCUGACGAUAGUGUUUGAUAAUAAAGCCCACAGUGGAAGAAUCAAAAUCAGUCUAGACAAUGACAUAGAGAUCAGAGAAUGUAAAGACUGGCAUGUUUCUGGAUCAAUACAGAAGAAUACUCAUUACAUGAUGAUCUUCGAUGCUUUUGUCAUAAUGAUCUGUCUGAGUUCAUUGAUCCUUUGCACGCGAUCAGUAGUCAAAGGAAUUCGGCUCCAAAGAGAAUUUGUAAGUUUUUUCCUAUAUUAUUACAAGAAAGAAGUAUCUUACAAUGAUCAGAUGGAAUUUGUCAAUGGCUGGUAUAUCCUCAUUAUGGUUAGCGAUGUCCUAACUAUCACUGGAUCAACUCUCAAAAUGGAGAUACAGGCCAAGAGUCUGACAAGUUAUGACGUCUGUAGCAUACUCCUAGGAACAUCCACUAUGCUGGUGUGGCUUGGAGUCAUUCGCUACCUAGGUUUCUUUCAGAAGUAUAAUCUUCUCAUUCUAACGCUGCGAGCAGCAUUACCCAACGUCAUGAGGUUCUGCUGUUGUGCUGCUAUGAUCUAUCUAGGCUAUUGUUUCUGCGGAUGGAUUGUACUGGGGCCAUACCAUGUGAAGUUCCGUUCUCUGAAUGUGGUUUCUGAAUGCCUCUUUUCAUUGAUAAAUGGAGAUGACAUGUUUGCCACUUUUGCAAAAAUGCAGCAGAAAAGUUACUUGGUUUGGUUAUUCAGUAGAAUCUACCUCUACUCCUUCAUCAGUCUGUUCAUCUACAUGGUGCUAAGUCUCUUCAUUGCACUCAUUACAGAUACAUAUGAAACUAUCAAGCACUACCAACAAGAUGGCUUUCCAGAGACAGAACUUCAGAGAUUUAUAUCACAGUGCAAAGACUUACCAAACUCCGGAAGGUACAGAUUAGAAGAGGAAGGUUCUGUAUCUCUCUUCUGCUGUUGUAAUGGAGAGGAGAUGGGGGCAUGUUUUGGAGCCAGGACAGAGCAGAGCCUGCAGCAACACCGCCUAGAGCUGAGAGCCCUUGUUCCGACCGUUUGCCUCACUUGGGAUGAAAGUGUGGGAUGAAGUGGAGCAGGCCUUCUUGCUCCUGGGUAAAGGGCGCUGAUGUUAAUAUUUCCUUUUCUGUGCACAUCUCUCGGUGUAGUCAGGCAAGAAACUCAACACAAGGCAGGGAUCAGAUCUCUAGAAAAGCAUUUGAAAGUUAAAACCUGAUUGCUCUCAAGCAACUUGUUCUUCAGGAGGACU